CACGCGAACCCAAGCAAGGCAAAGCAAACACGAAGCGGCAACCGAUUCCAAGUCCGUCGCUGCGCGGCUUAUCCCUUCCCCGCUUCGUCUCCGAGCGCCAACCGAUUGGAAUUAGCAUCGGGGCUCCAUUAAUUUUCUGGCGAAAGCAGGGGCCAAGCCGCGCUUUACCUCCUAUUCUAUUUCACCAAAUCCCCCUCUCCUCGUCCCCCUUCGUCUCGCCCAGGGAAAGGAACGAAGGGAAAAAAAAGCGGAGAGAAAAAAACGAAACCGCAAGCAAACCCUCGCUUUCUCCGAUCGAAUUGCUCGCCCCCGUGCGACCACCGCCGGCUCGGCCGCUCCCCACCACCAGUCCCCUCCCCUCCGCGCCCGCGCCGGGUGAUCUAGGCCUCUCGCCCGCCCGUGCCGAUUUCACCCCCAAUCGAGCUCCCCUCCCCGCGCGCGGCCAUGGCGAGCACCUGAGAUACGGUCAGUGGGCUGUUUCUCUGCGAGAGUCCCCCCGAGUCCCCACAGAAACAGCCCGGGGGCAUCAGCGAUCGGUUGGGAGCGGCUUGGUUCGGUCUGAUUGGUGGCUCCGCCUCGGCUUCGGCUUCCUCCUCCGACUCUAGCUUGGAAGCUAAGGCGGCGCUUGCUCGGUUCGGUUUGCAUCUGAGGAGGCGGGGGGGUGGGGUGCGGUGGUAGCGUGCACGCGUGGUCUUCGUCGCCGGCUUCAUGCGGGACGCCGCGCAGGCUCCUCGCGGCGGCGGGGGCUUCUUCUCCGCGCGCUCGCUCUCCAACUACAUGCGGAUCGUGUCGUCCGGGGCGUCCACGGCCGCCUCCACGCUGCGCUCGGCGGGGGCCUCGCUGGUGAACUCGAUCGCCAGCCACGAGGAGGACGGGAGCCGCGACCAGGUACAAUGGGCUGGCUUUGAUAAACUUGAAUGUGGGGGUGGGAUGCUACGACAAGUCUUGUUACUAGCUUACAAAUCUGGCUUCCAAGUGUGGGAUGUGGAACAUGCUGAUGAUGUACGGCAACUGGAAUCCAGACACGAUGGCGCUGUUUCUUUCAUGCAGCUGCUAAAGGAUCCAAUAUUCACAACAAAAUCUGAAGAUAGAUUUGCAGAUGCACGGCCAUUGCUAGCUCUUGCUUGUGAAGGAACUAACACUGGAAGUGGAAACAACCAUGACACUAAUGUUCCUAUUUUUGAUGGAACCAAUGGUGCUUUCCAUAAUACAGGCAGUGAAAAUCUUCCUACUGUCAUUCGAUUUUAUUCAUUGAGGGCCCAUGAAUAUGUGCAUACAUUGAGGUUCAGAUCAGCUGUUUAUUCAAUAAGGUGCAGUCCAAGAGUUGUAGCUGUUUCACAGGCUACUCAGAUACAUUGUUUUGAUGCUGCAACAAUGGAGAGAGAAUACACUGUUCUCACCAGUCCUACAGCUGCACAAAUUUCAGGUUAUGGCCCACUUGGACUGGGCCCUAGAUGGAUUGCAUACUCUGGAAUUCCAGUUCCAGUUCCAGGUACAGGACGUGUUAGCCCUCAGCUUCUUAGUCUGUCUCCCUUUGUUCCACCUCCUGGUUCAAAUGGUAGUGUGGUGGCAUACUAUGCAAAAGAAUCAAGCAAGCAACUGGCUGCCGGCAUUGUAACACUUGGUGAUGUUGGAUAUAAGAAGCUAUCCAAGUAUUGUGCAGAUUUCAUUCCAAAUGGCAAUGGUAUCGUAAAGCAAAGGAGUUCUGGCUACAAAGCAAAUGGAGCAACAAAUGGGCACCUCAUUGACAAUGAAUAUGCUGGAACGGUCAUUGUUCGAGAUAUUGUCUCCAAGUUAUUGAUAGUUCAGUUCAGGGCUCACACUAGUCCCAUUUCAGCACUUUGCUUUGAUCCAAGUGGAACUUUGCUGGUGACAGCAUCUGUUCAUGGUCAAAACAUCAAUGUUUUCCGCAUUAUACCUCCUCCACAUGGGACAUCAGAAGCAGGUCAAAUUGGAACAUAUGUUCAUCUGUACAAAUUGCAAAGAGGCAUUACCAAUGCGGUCAUAAAAGACAUCAGCUUUAGUGAUGAUAGUGAGUGGAUAAUGAUUAGCUCUUCAAGAGGAACCAGUCAUCUGUUUUCAAUAUCUCCAUAUAGUGGAUCAACAAGAUUCCGUUACAGUGAUAACAACCCUGCAGAAAAUGAUUACAUGGUGGAUUCAUCAUCAGUUAAUAAUACUGCUCAUUGGUCCCAGAAGUCAGCGCCCUCUUUGAGUCUCAGUCAGAAGACGCUUUUCGUAUCUGGACCCCCUCUCACUUUGUCUGUUGUUAGUAGGAUAAGAAAUGGGAGUAACUUGUUUAAGGGUGCUGUCCAUGGUGCUGCAGCAUUUGCAACUGGUGUUUCCAGUCCAAUUUCUGGUGCUAUCGCUUCAACAUUUCACAAUUGCAAGGGUGCUGACCUUAAUUCAGAUGGCAGUUCACGCAUGAAGUAUCAUUUACUAGUAUUUUCUCCAUCAGGAUGCAUCAUACAGUAUGUUCUUCAUCUCUCAGCUGAACAGGAUUCUGGAUUUGAUUUCCCUGUGGGCCCCAUUUCUUAUGGUUCAGAAAGAGAAACUGAUACAAAAUUUGUUAUUGAAGCUCUUCAGAAGUGGGAUGUCUGUCAUAAAAGAAAUAGAAGAGACAGUGCUGAGAGUUUUGCAUAUAGUGAUUUUGAUAAUGGAGAAAAUAAUAAACUUUUCCAGAAAGUAAUGAAGAAAGGAACUAGUAUCUAUCCAUUUGAUUGUGCCGCUCUUGAAAGACCAAAGCUCGGUGCUGAUGAAAAUCGUAAUUUCUAUAUUUCUCAGAGUGAGUUGCAGACUCAUGUUAUGCAAACUCCACUCUGGUCUAGAUCUGGGAUACACUUUCAAGUUAUGGCGGGUGAAACUUUAGAAACAGACAAUCUCGAUAUAACUUCAGGGGAAGUUGAAGUAGAAAAAAUCCAGACACAUAACAUAGAAUCCAGGUCAAAGAAUCUCAUACCAGUCUUUGACUCCCUUCAUACAUCAAGGUUUCAACAGACAAGGUUGAACACUCCUGAUAACAACAGGUAUGGACUGCUUCAGCGGCAGAAGUCUGGGAUUUCAGAAGAUGGUAGACUCUCUCGAAAAAGCAGUUGUAGUUCUUUGGACUGCAUGUCUGAAGGGCCCAAAAGCUCUGAUGACGGUGGUUUCGGUAAAUAUGUAGUAGAUGAUAGCAGUGCUUCUGUAAAUAACAAUCCUAGUGUCAAACUCCAUGCCGAGCUUGUAAAUAAUACUGGGAGCCUUAAGUCAGAGGCCCAGCUCGGAUUUGUACAUAGCAGAGAGGAUGGUGAAGAUGAAGAGCAACUCCCAGACUUGUGAUAGUGACUCUGUCAAGAUGGUCUAUCUGAUGGAGGAGCCUCUUUUACUCGCUGAAGUCUUCAUUGUGCGUGUGUAGCUGAAUUCUUUUAUUUCUCCAUCCGGAGUUCUUUUACCUCUCUUCUAUAGUUCUAUUCAUAGGCAUUCAUGGAAAUUUUACCAAGAGAAAAGAUAGAAAGGGAGGUUGAAUUAUCGCCCUAUGGGUGGAAGCUUUGGUGCUGUGAGUUGGGGUUUCUAUCUUACAAGAAUUUGUACAUAACAUGAUUGUUCAUUGCAUUUCCAAUAAUAGCACGUAAUUUGUGAAUAUUUGAAA